CUCACGACAACCCAUCGAUCCAAUUAUGCAUGCAGCCAAUGGAAAAUCCCGACAGCUGCCCAAAAGCUGAAGUGAGUUUGGUUAUUUUGAUGCGACCUUGGUCGAUCUUCUUGUAGCUUUCCCACAAAAGACCUUGGACUAUUGAUGCAGAGACGUGACAACAUCACCGCCGCGGCGCCUCCACCCCCGGGAGUUACGCCAAACUUUGCACAGCCAGAAGAUGUGCUCUACACCAUCAAUCUUGUGACCCAGGUCGCGGGCAUAGCGCUCGUCACGCCCUUUGUCAUCAUGCGGGUCUUGGUCAAGCGUUACAUAUCGCCACCAUUCUUGAUUGAAGACCAUAUUUGUGUCUUGGCUUGGGUGCUUUCGACCUGCUACAGUGUCACAGCAAUUAUGAUGUAUAAAUUCGGAGGUGGUUACCAUGUGUGGGAGCUUGAUGUCUGGACCUACGCGAACUUUCUGAAGGAGCACCAACUUACCCAAAUCAUGCAUCGACGUCAAAAGGCCCUCUACGCCGACACUCUUGUCUAUGGUCUCAACGCCUAUUUUACCAAGGUCGCCCUCCUCCUCGUCAUAGCGCGCGUUUUCAGCUCCUUUCGCAAGACGCGCAUCGUAACCUUUGUCAUGAUCGGAGGCAUGGCAUUCUACUACCUCCCGAUGCUGUUCCUCAAGAUGAACGUAUGCAACCCAAUUAGCGGCUACUGGACCCCACUCGCAACCUUGGCACCCGGCGCCACGCCCGCGCGUUGCCUCAACCAGCGGUCCAUGUUCGUCGCCGACACCAUCAUCAGCGCAAUCACCGACACGGCCGUGCUGGUGAUCCCCAUCCCGGCGUCGGUGAGCCUGCGGAUGCCGUGGCAGAGGAGGCUUAAGGUGUGGAGCAUGUUGGGCUUGGGGGGAGUGGCCACGGCUGCGAGUAUAGUGAGGCUGGUGGUGGUUUUUACUUCGAUACAAGAGUCGGAGGAUCAGACGGUGGAUUUUGUGAGGUUUAAUCUGCUUGGUACGGCAGAAGUCAGCAUCGGACUCAUCUGCGCGUGCCUACCGGCCAUCAACAUACUCUUUUCCAGGGCCAAGCAGCCAAGCCGCUCGCCUUCGGGGUCAGAUGGCACCUCCCGCUCCGCAUACCUUCAUCGGCUCAAAUUUCUCCGCGGAAGUCGACUCCAAACGGCCACGGACAUGACUUUGGGUACAGGAAUCACGCCGGCCAACCAGGAUGCCAUACAGACGGUUAAUAACAGGAGGAACGAGAUUCAACCGGAUAGGACGAGGCAGACACAGCGGCCGGCGGCGGCAGCCGGGAAUCAUACUGUGGUCCGCGACAGUCAAAAUCCCGAGACUAAUCAACAAGAAUCCGUGUGAUCUUUCUUGAAAAAAAGGUUGUCGCAGCCCCAAGAAAAUAAAAUCGUCGGAAAGCUUAAUUUUUUUCUUUCUUUUUUUCUUUUUGCAUAUUUUCAUUUGGUGAUUCCCCAUAUUAUAGAAGCUUUACAUCGCGCUGACAG